GAUACUCUCCCCUGCUCCCAGGCUUCCAACCAAAAGACCCUUUCAGCAAAAGACCUAUCCACUCUUGGUAAGUUGAUACUCAACAUUGCACUGUUGUGUGCUACCAUUGGCAAGUCUAUAACUCCAGCCUCCUUUCCAUUGACUCUGCUCUUUCUACACCUUCAUUCCCAUCCAUUGAACCAAGUCUAUCAUAUCAUCCCAAUCAGUGCCUUUCACACUCAUUACCCAGGAGCUUCCGCAGUCCACCAGACUGUCGCCCAAUCCUUCCCUAAUCUUCCAUCAAACUAUCACGCUGUCGGCUCAUCGCACCACCACCUACUACUAUUACCCAAAGCGGUCCCAAUCCUAUAUCCAAGAAGGAUUGGAUGCUCAAUACCGAUACAUCACCAUCGCCCGUACUCCAGCCAGGUCACAGUCACCAACACCUCCCACACCUCCAUUGACUCAUUCAAACACUUCCACUCCAAUCAUUGGAUCACCGUCAAUCCGAAGUGAAAGAAUGGCAAGAGGUGCAACCACUCCGCGCGUGGCCUUCGCCACAAGCGUCACCUCCAUUCGUCGCCCGCGUGAUGACGAGUACUCGGUCAUGUCUUAUUACGCCAGACACGCCGACAAAUGUAUCAUCUGUGCCAACCCUUUUGACGCCUUCAAGCAAGAUAUAUCCCUAUGUGACCGAGGAUAUAAAUACGCCAGAGACGUUGCUCAGUACAUCUACGCCAAAGGAGGGAAGCCUUUCUCCAUUAUUGACAAGAAGAACGGCGAUCCUUCCCAGGUCGAGGUUCCUGCAGACUGCCAAGUCAUCAACAGCCUCGUUAAAGCAUUCGACCGUGGCAUGAAAGUGAACAACGCUCCUAAGCCUAUCCUGGUUGUCCCUAAGCCUACCGAGAGGUAUGAGAGGGUCGAGAGAGUGGAAAGGGUCGGCCGCUCACCCACAUACGUUCAUGCCACCAAGGCUUACACUUAUGAGGAACCACGGAGAGAAAGACGUUAUCCCCGCGAGUACGACGUCGUUGAAAUCAAGCCCAGCUCGAGUCGGCGAGAUCACAGGGACAGACCGUAUGAGGAACGGUACCGGUCCGAACGUAGAGAGAGACCAGUUACUCAUUACGAGAGCAGGGGAAGCUUGUACGAGCGCGACGAAGAGGAGAGAAGACGACGGAAACGGUACGAAGAGGAGCCGAUUGUCAUUCUCGCCGAUCCCAGACGACGAGAAAGACGGUGAAUCGAUUGGCCUGCCGGGGAGUAUUUCGGAUUCUACAAAUAUCAAUAAUCGACAUGUACCACCAAUGACACCAAAAAGGGACACUACAAAAGAGAAUGGUCCAGCACCAAAGAGAGUGCUCGGUUUGUAACAGUCUCAACGAGCCUUGAGCCACAUUAACCUGGACGGUCCAGCAGCGA